AUGACACCCAGGAUGCUCGGAGACGGCAACGACGUGAGGGGCCUGCCAAUUAAAGUGUCCCGGGUGCAGAAGGUAGGCGAAACUUCAGCGCAGUGGGCCGCGCGGCUGCGCGGGCUCGCGGCGCAUUGCCAGUUCAAGAACAUUGAGGAGGCGCUUCUGGACAGAUUUAUCAUGGGCAUGCAGUCUGGUAAAGAGCGCGAAAAAUUGUUUUCGAAGGAGCUUGGCGAACUCACCCUAGCGAAAGCAAUAGACAUAGCUGAAAGUGUGCGGUGCGCCCGCGCCGCAGCCAGCGCGACCUUGGCUCCGACCGCGACGGCGGUGGUGCCCGGCGCUGAGAGCGUGUUGAAGAUCGGCGAGACUACAGCGGGCCGCGGGAAUAAAUGUUCUGUAUGCGGUCUAAGUAGUCAUAAAACGGAGAACUGUCGUUAUGUAAAUUACAAGUGCAAAAAGUGUGAAAAGAAGGGUCACUUACGUAAGAUGUGUAACCUCAAAUACGUUGAGUCAGAGGAGGUGAGCGAGGAUGAUGAUGAAUGUGAAAUAGAUACCGGCUCCCCCAUAACCGCCAUAUCACAAAAAACUUACGAGUCUCUGUUUAAAGAAGUGCCGUUAUCCCCUAGUAACAAGAGGUUUGCGGGUUAUAAUGGUAUUCCGAUCCUAAGUAUAGGUUUUGCCAAAUUACCGGUCGUGUAUUUGGGCAAGACUAUUAUUCUCGACGUCAUUCCUCAAGGGGGUCCGGUGAUCCUUGGGAGAAACUUCAUCUCCAAAUUCAAGUUGGAGCUCGCGCCUAUCCUCUAUUGCUCGACAACAGAGUCCGAAACCGACGAUGUGAGCGAUUUGAUGGCUCGUUAUCCAGAAUUAUUUUCGGACAAACUAGGUCGAUUCAAAAAAUAUAAAAUAAAAUUAACGCUUAAGGCCGACGCCAAACCAGUUUUUUACAAAGCCCGGCCCGUGGCAUUCGCUCUGAAAGAUAAGGUCGAUAGUGAAAUUAAACGUUUAGUACGGCUAGGUAUUCUAGAGCAGAUCGAAUAUUCUGACUACGCAUCGCCCAUCGUGCCAGUGCUUAAACGCGACGGGUCAGUUAGGAUCUGUGCAGACUACUCUCAAACAAUAAAUAAACAAUUAUUGAUUGAGAAAUACCCCCUGCCGACUAUCGAAGAACUUUUCUCUAAAUUGCACGGAGGGGUUGAAUUUACAAAACUGGAUAUGUCAAUGGCUUAUAAUCAGUUUGAAAUUGACGACCCCGAUAAUAUUACAUGUAUCAACACAAAUCGGGGGUUGUUCAAAUAUCGGCGUUUAAUUUUUGGGUUGUCAAGCGCCCCAGCGGUCUUCCAACGUGCUCUAAAUAAUAUUCUUGCCGAUUUAGAGGGAGUAUUGUGCUUCCUGGAUGACGUGCUCAUCACGGGCCGGAGUAGGGAGGAGCACGUCGCGCGCCUGCACCAGGUACUACAGCGUUUUAGAGAUGCGGGGCUGACGCUUCAGAAGGAAAAGUGUUCUUUUUUCCAGAAUGAAAUAACGUACCUAGGCCACGUUAUUAACAAAGAUGGUAUAAGCAAAUCUAAAUCUAAGGUCAAAGCAAUAGUCGAGGCACCGGUUCCUAAAAACAUAAAUUAA